GUUGUUGAUGCUGAAUAGAAAAAAGAAUUGGAUCACAAUGGAGGAGAACAGCAACAGUAGAGUCUGCGUGACAGGAGCUUCUGGAUAUAUUGGCUCUUGGCUUGCCAAAAAGCUUUUAGAGAAAGGUUAUACAGUCCAUGCAACUCUCAGGAACUUGGGAGACACGUCCAAAGUGGAUCUCCUCAAGUCCUUACCCAACGCAGACAACAGAUUGGUGCUAUUUCAAGCUGAUAUUUACAAUCCCUCUGAUUUUGAACCCGCAAUUAAAGGGUGCGAAUAUGUCUUUCAUGUGGCCACUCCGAUGCAACAUGACACCCAAAGCUCCCAGUACAAGGAUACAGCUGGAGCUGCUGUUGCCGGGGUUAGGACCAUCGCUGAUUCAUGCAUCCGCUCACAAACAGUUAAGCGACUCAUCUACACUGCGUCUUUGACGGCAUCGUCACCAUUAACAGAAGAUGGAGCUUCUUUUAAGUCUUGCAUUGAUGAAUCCUGUUGGACACCCUUUCAUGAUAUCUCAUUCACUUAUGCCAAUGAUUUUCUACUGGGAUACACUAAAUCAAAGACCUUAGCGGAGAAAGAGGUGCUGAAAUAUAAUGAAUAUGAAAAUGGUAGACUCGAAGUUGUAACACUAGCUUGUGGCCUAGUGGGAGGAGAAACUCUCCUUCCAUAUGUACCUACAAGUGUGGAAGUAAUUUUAUCACCACUCACCAGCAAUUUGUCUUGGUUUAAUGCAUUCAAAUUUUUGCAAGAAGUUUGGGGUUCAAUUGCUCUUGUACACAUUGAAGACGUUUGUCAAGCACAUAUCUUCUGCAUGGAAAAACCAUCAAUGAAAGGUAGAUUCCUCUGUGCUGCCACCAAUCCAACCAUCAGUGAAAUUGCAAUUUACUUCCAAGAAAAGUUUCCGGAAUACGAGAUAGCAAAAGAAUUUUUGGAAGGACCAAAUCAAGGAGUAGUUAGAUGUGAUUCCUCAAAGCUGAUGAAGAUGGGGUUUGACUAUGUAUACGAUGAGAAUAAAAUAUUAGAUGACAGUGUGGCAUGUGGAAGGCGAUGUGGAGCUCUAAUGUAAUGUCCAUUAAUCCUUGUUCUUGAGGAAUUAUAAAUAAGCCUGGGCUGUAACUCUUGUUUUUCAGUUUUCUAUUUACAUUACCAGUAAGAAGGUUGUGGGAUUAUUUAUUUUAAUUAAAAGUUAUUCAAUAUUGCUUCCA